UCAAAAAUGGAAAGAAAAUAGGAAAGUGGGAAUUCGAGAUAGGGUGAGGUAAAGGUUGCAGGGCCCGAGACCCUACGUCCAGGAGCCUUGGCACCCCACCUUUGCCACGUGGCAGCGAACCAGCCCUCUUUCUCUUUCGAUAUCUCUCAGGCUUCAAGUUUCUUUCCCCUCGCACAAUCAGAGAACAGGUGUGGAAGCAGCAAUGGCGGCCAUAACGGUGGCGAGCUCUCUUCUCUCCAGCAAACCAUCGACUUCCAUUCUCUCCCCUCCCAUUCAUUCUUCAACUUCUUCUUUUCUCUCUCUAAAUCGCCUUCCUUCCUCUCUCUCUCUCCGUUCUCUCUCUCUAAAUCGCCUUCCUUCCUCUCUCUCUCCUCGCCCUUCUCUUCGAAGGGCUAUCGAUCCGAUAAGAGCUUCUGCUUCUUCUGCAACUACAGUUGCCGAGCCCGGAGGACUCAAGGUAACUGUAGUUCCAACAAAGCCUGUUGAAGGCCAGAAGACAGGAACCAGUGGACUGCGCAAGAAAGUUAAAGUUUUCACUCAAGAGAACUACCUUGCAAACUGGAUUCAGGCCUUAUUUAACUCGUUAGCACCUGAGGACUACAAAGGUGGUCUAUUGGUGCUGGGUGGUGAUGGUCGUUACUUUAACCGUGAAGCCGCUCACAUAAUUAUCAAAAUAGCUGCAGGGAAUGGUGUUGGAAAAAUCCUUGUUGGCAGAGAUGGUAUCAUGUCAACACCAGCUGUUUCUGCUGUAAUUCGGAAGCAAAAGGCUAAUGGAGGCUUCAUAAUGAGCGCUAGCCAUAAUCCUGGAGGACCAGAAAAUGACUGGGGUAUCAAGUUCAACUACAGCAGUGGACAGCCUGCACCAGAGUCCAUCACUGACAAGAUAUAUGGGAAUACCCUUUCUAUUUCUGAAGUAAAGAUGGCAGACAUUCCUGAUGUCGAUCUGUCUAAACUAGGAGUUACAAAAUAUGGAAGCUUUAGCGUGGAAGUAGUUGACCCUGUUUCUGAUUACUUGGAGCUAAUGGAGACUGUAUUUGACUUUAACCUCAUCAAAGACCUGUUGCGAUCAGAUUUCAGGUUUAUAUUCGACGCAAUGCAUGCAGUUACUGGUGCUUAUGCAAAUCCAAUCUUUGUCAAAAGGCUUGGUGCCGAUCCGGGUUCUAUUAUUAAUGCUGUGCCUUCAGAAGAUUUUGGACAGGGACAUCCAGACCCCAAUCUCACAUAUGCCAAGGAGCUGGUUGACAUCAUGUAUGGAGAAAAUGCACCAGAUUUUGGAGCAGCAAGUGAUGGAGACGGCGAUAGGAAUAUGAUUCUUGGAAAAGGCUUUUUUGUCACUCCUUCAGAUUCUGUGGCUAUUAUUGCGGCCAAUGCACAAGCAGCAAUCCCGUACUUCAAGAAUGGGCCAAAGGGUCUAGCAAGGUCUAUGCCAACAAGUGGGGCCCUUGAUCUCGUCGCUGACAAGCUAAACCUUCCCUUUUUCGAGGUUCCCACUGGAUGGAAAUUUUUUGGGAAUCUUAUGGAUGCUGGAAAAUUAUCAAUUUGUGGAGAAGAAAGCUUUGGAACUGGCUCUGACCAUAUCCGUGAGAAGGAUGGCAUAUGGGCUGUAUUGGCUUGGCUUUCUAUCAUUGCUUACCGGAACAAGGAUAAGAAAGUUGCGGAGAAAUUGAUUUCAGUUGAAGAUGUGGUGAAAGAACAUUGGGCAACCUAUGGCAGAAACUUCUUCUCUAGAUAUGACUACGAGGAAUGUGAAUCUGAAGGAGCCAACAAAAUGGUAGAUUACCUUCGAGAUUUAAUCUCAAAGAGCAAAUCAGGUGACAAGUAUGGAAGCUAUACCCUUCAGUUUGCAGAUGAUUUCAUGUACACGGAUCCGGUGGAUGGCAGUGUGGCAUCCAAGCAAGGUGUUCGAUUUGUUUUCACAGAUGGGUCAAGGAUAAUAUUUCGUUUAUCGGGGACUGGUUCCGCCGGUGCAACAAUUAGAAUUUACAUCGAACAGUUUGAACCAGAUGUUUCUAAGCAUGAUAUGGAUGCCCAAGAAGCCCUGAAGCCCUUAAUAGAUGUGGCACUAUCAGUUUCAAAGUUGAAGGACUUCGCCGGUCGCGAAAAGCCAACAGUCAUCACAUAACUUAUUAUUGCUUAAUUUUUUGUUCCUAAAUCAUUAUAAUAAAUCCCUUUGUAAAGUUCCGGGAAAGUAUUUAUCUCAAUAUUACUCAUUUUUUAACUUUCAUAUGAGUCAUUUGGCAUGCCUCGUAACGUUUGAUGGGUGUAGAGAAUCUCUAAAUUAGCAUCAUCUCAAUUCCAAUCUCAGCUUUGCCCACUUGCGCAUAUUGUAUAAGAAUGGAUUGUUAACUAAGGUGUUCUCUUUUUCUC